UCUGCAGUGUGAAAUCUAAUAUAAGCCGAUAAAGAUUGACUCAAAAUUAUACAGAGAGAAUUUGGAAGGAAAAAACAAUGUUUCUUGUUUUGCUCUUUCUAAUGAUUUUUCCUUCAGCCCUAUGUGAGCAUUCAUUCUCUGUUUGCAAGAGCUCAUCAAUUUACACAGAGGGGAGUACAUACUCCAUAAACUUGGACACAGUUAUAAAUGAUCUUUCUCGUAACGCACCUCAAAGUUCAGGCUUUAACAGGUCUUCCAGCGGCCUAUACUCCAAUAGAGUCUAUGGCCUGCUCCAGUGUUUUGGUGAUGCUUCAGCAGCGAAAUGCUCAGAUUGUUCAAGACAAGCAUACAAUGUUUCUCUAAGAGACUGCACCAACGCCAAAGGUGUACGGGUGUUGAUGGACGACUGUUUCUUGCGCUAUGAUAACUUCAAUUUCACUUCAACAUUAGAUACUUACACGUAUGUCCAUCCGAAUGCGACGAAUGUCACAAACAAUGUGCUGCGUUUCAAAUCCACGACCUCUAGUCUUCUGUACAAUUUGUCUCAAGAAGCUUAUAUCCCUGCAAAUAAACUAUUUGCCGCUGGUUCGGCCACUUACUACUUUACAUCCUACGCCACCUACUACUUUCCAUCCUACAAGGUGUACGGCCUAGUUCAGUGCUGGAGAGAUUCAUCCAUCGAGGACUGUAGGUCCUGUGUGUAUCGAGCAAGGAAAGAGUUGCAGCAAUGCUGUUCAUCAAGUCAAGGAGCUGAGGCUAUAUCAGGAAGCUGCGCAGUGAGAUAUGAGAUAUACCAAUUUUUUGACUUGGGGAAACCCUCGUCAUCACCAUCACCCUCACCCUCACCUUCACAUUCAUCACCACAUCGCACAACAUCCACAGUCACACCCACUUCUCUGCCGGUAGCCCACGCUCCUGCUAAGGCGACAUACCGGGCGAAAUCAAGGGAGAAAUCAUCAAAAACACUGCCCCUGUUACUGGGGCUUGUGGGAGGAAUGAUUGUAGUGUUACUCAUUUGUUUGAUUGCGAUGAGAAAAAGACUCAAAUCGGCCAUUUUCGGGGAACCAGUAAUUCUACUUACCCAUAAUGAAGAGGGGCAUGGAUUUUCUUCGGAAAUCGGAUUACUUCAACCGGAGCAACAUUUUUUCUUCAGCUUGGAGGAACUGCGAGAAGCCACUGAAAAUUUUCAUGAAAAGAAAAAGCUUGGAGAAGGUGGUUUUGGUGUCGUAUACAAGGGAAGCACUAGAGACGGAAAGGAAAUAGCAGUGAAAAAACUGUCUGCGAAGUCCACACAAGUUAAUAGAGAAUUUAUGAACGAGGUGAAGCUUGUGGCCAGUGUUCAACACCGAAACCUUGUGAAGCUGUUGGGAUGUUGCGCGGAGGGAGCUGAAAAGUUGAUUGUUUAUGAGUAUUUGCCCAACAAGAGUCUUGACAACUUCCUUUUCGAUCCAAAAAAGUGUAGACUGUUAGAUUGGCAGAAACAUUAUAACAUUAUCAUUGGAAUUGCCCGUGGGCUUCUCUAUCUUCAUGAAGAUUCGCGGAUGAAAAUUAUUCACAGAGAUAUUAAACCAAACAAUAUUUUGCUUGAUGACAAACUCGAUCCAAAGAUAGCCGAUUUUGGCCUUGCUAGACUUUUUCCUGAGGAUGAGACGCAUAUCCAAACAAGAGCUGCAGGCACAUGCGGUUACAUGGCACCAGAGUAUGCAAUACAAAAACAUCUCUCUGUUAAAGCCGACGUUUAUAGCUUUGGAGUACUACUGCUUGAGAUUGUCAGUGGAAAGAAAAAUACAUAUAUUCAAAACUUAUCAGAAUGGGCAUGGACACUGUAUAAAGGGGGAAAUAUUUUGGACAUGAUGGAUUCGAGAGAUUUAGAAGCAUACCCAGCGGAGCAAGCUUUGAGAUGCAUUCAUGUUGGACUUUUAUGUGUUCAAGAUGAUGCAGCACUCCGUCCAGCCAUGUCAAAUGUUAUUCUGAUGAUCUCAAGCAGUUCAGUGCCGUUGCCCAUUCCAACAAAGCCCGGGUUCCUAACCAGCAGCAAAAGUUUUGCUUCAAAAUCGAGAUCAAAGUCAAGCUCAGGGAGUGGUGGGUAUGAAAAGAGCAUGGCAUCGCAGACAUCUGAAACAACCACGUCAUCUACAUCAGCUGUUCACUAAAGCGAGUCCAAAGUGACUUUAGUAAAACCGGGACCAGGGAUUCUGUAGACAACUGAAGCAUAAAAAAGAGUCCAAGGUGAGCAUAGAAAAAAGGGACCAGGGAAUCUAUACAUUCCUCAAGUUUAUUAGCCAGUCUUAAACCCCACACACUAAGCAAUAAAUUAAGUAUAGAGGAUGUUAGUCAAUUCUGACAGUUUAACAUUUUUAAGCCUAGAAGUGUAUUCUUAGUGUGACAACAUACAUUAAACAACAUAUUAAGUAUAGAAAAUGUCAGUCAACUCUGAGUAUUUAACACUUUUUAGCCUAGAAGUAUAAGCUUAGUGUGUGUGAUUUAAACAGUUUACCACGGCCUAGUUUAUUUACUACAUACCGUACAUUCGUAACUACUGGUUUCUUUGCAUUAUUAGUAAUGCAAUUCUCUAUUAUUUAUAACAUUUUAUGUGUGUUAUUUGAAUGCAAUUUUUUAUUAUUAUUUUUA